AUGGCGCGCAAGAGCGCCCGCCGCCCGCCGAGGACGCAGGAGACGUCGUGGACGGCCCCACCCCUGGCCACGUGGGAGCGCAAGGAGCGCUGGCUUGCCGCCGCAGCCGCCGCAGCCGCGGCGGCAGCGGCGGGGACGCUGGCCGGCGGGGCCCCCCGACGCCGGCGCAAGCCCGCGGCGCGCGCCCGCGCCAGGGGGGGUCAGGCGGCGCUCGCCGAGGCGUCUGCCACGGUGCCCACGGCGGCGGGGCCGGUCGGGAAGCCGGGGUUGCUGUCCGUGCUGCAGGCGGUCGAGAGCCUGACGGGCCGGAAGCUGGACAACCCGUUCGUGGACGAGCGUUUCGCGCCAGUCCACACGGAGGUCGCCGAGUCGGGGCUCGAGGUGGUCGAGGGCGCCAUACCGGCAGACUUCCCGGACGGCCUCUACGUGAGGAACGGGCCGAACCCCCGGUUCGAGACGACGUCCGUGGAGUCCGUGCUGGGCCGCACGGCCCACCACUGGUUCGAGGGAGAUGGCAUGCUCCACUCGGUGCGCUUCUCCGGCGGCGCCGCGGCGUUCCGCAACCGCUACGUGCGCACGGCCGACUUCCUGCGGGAGGAGGCGGCGGGGGAGGCCCUCUACCGGCCGGUCGUCAUGUGCACGCCGCCGGUGUCGAUCCUGAACACGGUGGUCAACACCCAGGCGUUCGGCGCGUCGACGAAGGACGUCGCCAACACGAGCGUCGUCUGGCACGGCGGUCGGCUUCUGGCGAUCACCGAAGGCGCGGCCAUGCCGACGGAGGUGUCCACCGAGGAUCUCUCCACGAAGGGCGUCUGGGAUUUCGGUGGCGAGGCGAAGCUGCCAGCGUUCACGGCCCACCCUCGCAUAGAUCCCAAGACGGGCGAGCUGAUUUUCGCUGCUUAUUCCUUCUUCGAGACGGAGACGGCCGGGCCCGGCGUGCACAUCGGGGUUGUUGGCCCCGACGGAGUGUUGAAGCAUUUGGCCAGGAUGCCCAGCGCAGAUCGCAACACGCUGAUGCACGACUGCGCGAUAACGGAUAAGUGGACAGUGAUCACGGACUUCCCCCUUUGCAUCGACCCGUCGAAGCUCUUCACCGAGGACGGCAUGAUCUCCUUCCAACCGAGCGCGGGCUCCCGGCUUGGCCUCGCCCCGCGCUACGGAAGCGAGGUGGAGCAUUGGUUCGAGGUUCAGAACGGAUACGCCUUCCACCUGAUGGGCGCCUACGAGGACGGCGACGACGUCGUGCUGCGGGGGUGCCGCAGCAAGAGCAUGAACCUCGGCUUCCCCUACGAGGAGGGGGCACUGGACCGGGAGGCGUUCGUCCGCACGCACGUGGCGGAGAAUUGGAAGGCCGCCCCGGGCAGCACCACGCUGCACGAGUGGCGCCUGCACCUGAAGGACGGCUCCGUCACCGAGCGCGAGGUGGGCUCAGGGGCGCUUGCGGACUUCCCCGUCAUCAACCCCGCCUACGAGGGGCAGAAGUACCGGCACGGCUACUGCUCCGUAGCGAAGCUCGAGGAGAGCCUCCCCUCGGGGCUGCCCGUGUUCGGCGCGGUGGAGAAGUACACGUUCGCCGACGACGGCUCGGUCGCAGUGGAGCGGCACGUCCUCCCCGACGGCUGCGGCGCGGGCGAGCUGGCCUUCGUGCCCAAGCCGGGGGCGGCGGCGGAGGACGCGGGCUGGAUGUUGCUGUUCACGGCGGACGCCGGGGGCGGGUCGGAGAUGCGCAUCCUGGACGCGCAGGACUUCGGGGGCCCGCCAGUGGCGAGGAUCGCCCUGCCGCAGCGCGUCCCCUUUGGCUUCCACGGCACCUGGGUGCCGGGAGCGUGA